AUGGGGUUGUCGGCAGCAGCAACCGCCGUCGCCGGAGCGGGGCAGCCACCAGCUGCCGCGGGCAUGGGGGGCGUCGGCGUCGCAGUGGCCGGCGCCGGAGCUGGGCAGUCCGGUGUUGUCGUCGGCGUCGGAAGCAGGAGGUCCCGAUCCAGAUCUGAUGGGAAAGACGGCGGGGAUGGCGGCGGGACGACCACCGGCUUAAAGCCCACGGGCAGCGAGGGGGGAGGCGGUGGCAGCAUGGCGGCUGGGCUGCGGGCCAGCGGUGGAGUGGCCGACGGGGCCAGAGUGGCCGCCGCCGGUGCGCUAGUAGGAGAGCUCGGGGUCGGGUCCAGUGACAAAAAUGCCAUGGAAAAGAGCCUGGAGGAAUUAAUUAACAUCCCGCGGAUGGAAAUCAGCAUAUCGCAUGAGUCUGGGCACCGAAACGCCCUGCUCUCAGAGAUGGUACUACUUGCAGGACACAGAUAG